AUCACGAGAGAGUAUGAAACUCGGGCUUUUAGUUUUACUCUCACUAAGAUAGACAUUUGUAUGAACGUGUUUAAAAAAAUAUGUCCUCCGCCAACCGACUGGACGUUUUACGUGAGCGUAACAAAGAGUUAUUGAACCGUUUGAAGCAGCGGGGACAGACCCUGGAGCGGCUCAGCGGCUGCAGUCAGAGCCACCAGAGGGAGAGAGAGGGCGGCGCGGAGGAGCGGAGGGGCCCCGCAGUGACCCGGUCCGAUGGAGGCCGAGGCCCCGCCCGGGCCGCCCUCGCCAGACGGACAGUGAGAUUUGCGGAUACAUGUGAGAGACAAACAGGCAUCCGCAGCACGAUCUCAUCACCGUCUUUGACCUCCAAAUACAAACGAGGGACUUCUGAACAUGCAGCACCGUCAGACCUUUUCAGAGAGCGCAGCAGACCUCCUCUUGCCCACAGCAGACUGAAGCAUAUGGACCCGUCCACAACCAAGUCCUGUCGAGUCAAUCAAAGCAGAGAAGAGAGGGAGGUUCAGAGGCGCAUCACAUCUCAGUCUGAUGAAUGUGAGGAGAUAUCUGCCUUGGACAGGCAUCACCUGCAGCCAUUACUCGGGUAUGACUGGAUAGCAGGAGUCCUGGAUGCUGAGGACUCCUUGAUAGAGCGCUCUGAUGAGUUCUUCAAUGACCUUCACACAUUUCGAUCUCUUAAUAAAGACGAGUGUGUCCACAACCCACAAGAGAAAUUUCCUGAAGAGAAUCGCUCAGUCCUGCCGCUGCUCACUGACAAGAACGGUCCAGAGGCUGAUACGGCUAAUCAUCAAUGUACGUUUUCUUAUAGGAUCAACAGCCGACUGUUCCCUGUUCCACUUCACUACCAGGAGUGCUGCCCGGUGUGCAAAGAGCCCAAAUCCUCCCAUCCUCACACUACUGUUGAACCGGCUCUCAUCAGGGUCAGUAUCCCUCGCUCCACCCUCUUGCCACCCUACAAGUACAAAGCUCAUCGCCGAUGCAGUUUUGACCCUUCUGAUAGUGUUGGGUUACCAUCGCACUGUCUCUCAGGGUGGUCGAACACAGGUCAGAGCACACUGCCGCCCCCCAGCAGCCUCGAUCUGCGGAGCAGUCUGAAUAUGAAGAACUCCACCGGGUCACAGAACAAGGAACUGGAGGACUCUGCACCCAAAGUGUCUGGUAAAAUCUCUGACCAGAUCUCAGAUGUGUCCCGUUUGGCUCGUCACAACUUCCAACACUUCUCUUCCAAAAAAAAACAGGGAAGCAUGUUUUACCCUUUGCACUGACAUUUAAUCACAAGUCUAUUCUAAGGUGAUAAUAGUUCCUGAGUAAUUUGACGACACCCAAAAUUAUUUCCUUUUUUGUGCUCCUGUUUUUACUUUCUGUAUUGUGUUUUUACUUUCUUUAAUUUUAAUAAUGUUUUCUGUAUAUAUUUCUGUUAAAUUUGUAUGUUAAAAUUAGAUUUUCAAGAUGAAACAAAUAAACCGUGAUCUUAAAAGAGAAUGCAUUCACAUGUGUGUCUAAUCCUAAAUAAAUAAAUUUGAAACAUGA